CCAUUUUUGUUCUUUACAAUCUAUUUAUUUAUAAAGCUCACAUAAGAAAAACUCAAAUGAACAAAUAUCUUUCAUCAAAUCACCAUUGACAAACAUAAAAUUAUGGCAGCUAAGGUUGGGAUUUUUGUAGCUAUUUUACUAGUUUGCGCGAUCCUAAUACCUUCGCUAGCCUCAGCAUUUCUAGAAAAUGAUUCUAGAAAGACAGAUGUAUCGAUCAAUGGUGAAAAUGAUCACGGUACUGUUGCUCAGGGCGAUGAUAAUGACUUGGUGUUGCAUGCCUCGGAUGAUGAGACGAGGAAAGAAAGGUCCUUGACGGGAUGGAAGAAGUUGUUCAUGAAUCAUCACAAGACGGGGAAGAAGUUUCAUGCCCGUGGUUCUAUGGCUUUCGGUUUUCACCACCUCAUUAAAGGCACCCAGAAAGUUGUAGGUGCAUUUGCGCGUGGUGUCACCGGACAUAAUGUACCUCAGACUGCAGAACAACAGCAACACCAGAAUAUCGAACAACAACAACCUCAUACUAAAGAAGAAAACGCACCUCAGAAUGCAGAACAACAUGUACCUCAGACGGCAGAACAACAGCAACCUCAGGCUAAUGAACAGCAUGUACCUCAGGAUGCGGAACAACAGGUACCUCAGACUGCAGAAGAACAUGUAGAACCGGAGGUCUUAGGCGGAUUAAGAGAGGGAUUCUAUCAAAAAACAUGUCCACAAGCAGAAGAAAUUAUCAGAAAUGGCCUAGUUAGGGCCAUGCAAAAUAACUCUAAAAUUGUUGCUGCCAUCCCUAGACUUUUCUUCCAUGAUUGCUUUGUCAAUGGUUGCGAUGGGUCAAUAUUGCUCGAUACAACACCAAGUGGCGCAGAGAUAGAGAAGUCAGCGGGCCAAAAUGGCAUUACAGUGAAGGGCUAUGAACUCAUUGACGAGAUCAAACUAGAACUCGAGAAGAACUGCCCGGGCAUUGUCUCAUGCUCGGAUAUUUUAGCCUAUUUAUCGCGCGACGCCUUUGUUGCAUCGGGGCUCCCUCAUUACGAGGUGUCAGGUGGCCGACGCGACGGUAUGGAAUCGCUCGAAGCAAAUGUAGCUGACAAUAUCCCAGUGCCUGAUGACUCAGUAGACCUUAUGAUUGAACUUUUCAAUAGAAAAGGCCUAAAUGCUGAGGACUUAGUUGUCUUAAUUGGUGCACAUUCCAUUGGAGUAGCUCAUUGUUUCAACUUCCUUUACAGAAUGGAUGAUCCUGAAAAAGCUAAAAUGGUUGAUCCAAGACUUGGCAACGUUAUGCGGUUUACGUGUACUAACCAAAUGAGUACACUAGCCUUUGACGCCGCAACACAAUACAAAAUGGACUCGGUUUACUACAAGCAGUUGUUGAUGAAUCGAGGCCUUCUCGAAUCUGAUCAAGUUUUGGCACAAGAUAUAAGAACAAGAGGCUUAGUCCAACUAUUUAACAACGAUGAAAUCGGCUGGUUUGAUAAAUUCGGCAAGGCCAUGAACAAGCUUGGAGCAGUAGAAGUGCUCACCGGUAACCAAGGACAGAUAAGGAAACAAUGUCGAGCUGUUAAUGCAUAAGAGUUUAACUUGUAUACGCUGACUGUCUGAUUGACAAUGUUCUAAUAUGUAUCACAAUUUGGAUGAGAAACGAAAAAAAGUUUAACUUUCCUAUUUCA